AUGACUAAAAUACAACCACUCUUCAAUAGAGUUGCCAUAAUUGGUGGAGGUCCGGCUGGUCUUGCUGCCGCUAAAGCGCUUGCUUUGGAACCUGUUGAGUUUGCAGCAAUCGAUGUUUUUGAAAGGAGAGAUCAUUUCGGCGGUUUAUGGUACCACAAUGGUGACAAGUCUUUGAUUCACCCUCAUGUUCCGAGUACAGAUCCAUUCGCAGGUGAGACUGCCGAGAAGAACGCCAAUGCGUCAGACUUGUAUUUUUCAGCAAUUUACAAAUUCAUGGAAACAAAUAUUAGUCACUGGUUGAUGCUGUACGGUAAUGUCCCUUUCCCCACUGGGACAUUCACUUUCCCAGAAAGACAGAAGGUGUUACGAUAUAUCAAAGAAUACGUCGAAACCAUGCCACAAGAAAAGGUAAAUAUUCGGGUAAACUCCAAUGUGAUUCGAGUGGAAAAGGUAGGAAAAAUAUGGGAAGUUGAGGUGGAAAAUGGCGACAAUGGGGUGUCUUGUUUGGAGUAUGAUGCUGCAAUUAUCGCUAAUGGUCAUUUUAACAGUCCGUUUAUUCCCGAUGUUGCUGGAUUGUCUGAAUGGAACGAGAAUAUCCCCCAUUCCAUUCUUCAUUCAAAGUAUUUUGAAUCACCAAACACCUACAGGGGCAAAAGAGUGUUGGUUAUUGGCAAUGGGGCUAGUGGUGUGGAUAUUUCGACCCAAAUCAGCACUGUGGCGGAAAAGGUUUAUGUCUCGGUGAGGGAUUUGGAUAACAUUGGGUUUCAAAGUGACUUGAUUGAUUAUAUUAGCUUGAUUGAGAAAUACGAGUGUAAAGAUAGGUCCGCUGUUACAACAACUGGCGAGAAGUACAGCAACAUCGACGUUGUUAUUUUUUGUACUGGUUAUUUCUACAGCAUGCCAUUCUUGCGCAAGAACGGCGUAGAAAAAGAUGGAUCUCAAGUAUACGACGUGUUCAAACAAGUAUUCAAUGUUUAUGAUCCAUCACUUACAUUUGUUGCGUUAUUGAAGAAUGUUACUCCUAUGCCUUUAUCAGAAUCACAAUCGGCCUUGAUUGCCAGAUACUAUAGUGGAAGGUACGAGCUUCCAAAUCAAGAAGAGAGACAAAAAUCGUACGAAAAAGAUUUAGCAGAGAAGGGAUGUGGAUCCAAGUUCCACGUUUAUGGGUACCCACAAGACGUAGAGUAUUAUCGACAUUUGCAAGAGUUGAUUGAUAAACAAGCAUUGAGAAGCCCAGGGUUAAUUGCACCGAUUUGGGAUGAAAACUUGGCACAUGAGCGUCUGAAAUCCGCAGAACUAAAGGGCAAAAGGUUACAACAACUUGUUGAGCAUGUUAAGAAAUUGAGAUCUGAGGGGAAGGAUUUUGAAUUGCUUCAUUAA